AGGCCCAUCCCCACUGCCCCAGGCGCCCGCGAGCAGAGCUCUGGCUCUCGCCACAAAAGCCUCCUGGGCUCGGGGAGGGUUCCGGUCUUUCUGUUCCGCUUCGUUCCGUCCGUCUCGCCCGCCGCCCGGCUGCCAGUCAUGGCUCCGUCUUUCCGGCCCAGCCGAAUCCGCUCCGGGCGGGAGGAGGAUGAUUUCUGGGAGGCGAAGGGAGACCGAAAGGCCAGGAAGCCGCUGGUAGAGAAGAAGCGGAGAGCCCGGAUAAACGAGAGUCUACAAGAGCUGCGCUUGAUCCUGGCUGACGCCGAGUUUCAGAUGAAGAUGGAGAACGCCGAGGUGCUCGAGCUCACCGUGAAGCGGGUGCAAGGCGUCCUUCAGAGCCGGUCGCUGGAAUCGGACAAACUCCACCGGGAGGCCAGUGAACGCUUUACGGCUGGAUACAUUCAGUGCAUGCAUGAGGUGCAUACCUUCGUCUCCACCUGCCCGGGCAUCGAUGCCGCCAUUGCUGCUGAGCUCCUCAACCACCUGCUGGAGUCCAUGCCCCUCAACGAAGGUGCCAGCUUCCAAGCCCUGCUCGGAGAUGUUCUGGGGGAGGCUGCGGCAACCGGACCUGGGAGCAGCCUGUGGUCCGGGGGAGAUGGCCUGGGCUCCCCUGGGGGCCCCUUGUCCCCACUACCCAGCCCUCUGUCCUUGUCACCUAGUGAGGACAUUUGCUCUGACCUAGAAGAGGCCUCUGAGGUGGAACUGAGCCAGGUGGCCCAGUUCCUCUGCAUCCCCAGAGGCCUGGCUUCCUCUGCUGUUUCCAAGUGCAUGUGGAGACCUUGGUGAUGAGCUGAGGAAGGGGAGCGCCCCAAGCUGCCUCAUGGGUGCAAGGGGGAUGGGACGCACCUGGCUGGCUCCCCUUCCCUCUUCUCUCCCUCCCACUCCUCCUUCCUUUCCCUGGCCUCCUGCUACAGGUCUGGGCUGGACACAUUGGCUGGAUCCCAGAUCUGUGUAUCUCUCUGUCUGUCUGUCCAGGGGCUGAGAUUGCAGACAUGCAGAGUAGGUGGUCGGAGGGCUGAUAGGCCCAUACAGUUGAACUUCCCCUAUGCCCUUUGUGUGUUGGGGGAGAUUUCAUUUUGUAUAUUUUUUCUUUAGCUUUUCUUGGUUCCACCUUUUUCUUGGGGGGUGGGGAAUAGGGGACCAGUAGCAGCCCAGAAAAGGGCCUGGUUUAAAGUUAGUUCUUACCACCACCACCACCCCAAAGCCAAGGUCUAGGAGUCUGCUACCUUCUUCUGCUUGUGGUAGGGUGUCAGGCAAGGGGCUAUGGUCUGGGGUGGUUGGGGAAACUUAGGAACCUGUGAACUGACUUAAUUUUACACAUCACCCAAGUGUCCUAGAGAAGGAAGCACACAAAAUCCCAGCCAGGGCUUGGUAUUUACUUACUAGUUCCUCAUUUAGUCGGUCAACAAACAGUACCUAUUCUGUGCUGAGUUGAGGAUGGUAGAGGGUAAUGGCAAAGGCCUUGCCCUCUAGGCACUUAUAGUUUAAUGAUGGAUAGGGUCCUAUGUUCUUUUUUCCUGCCAUUAGUGAAGGGGAGGGCUAGAGAAAGCAGAAAAGGAAAGGAGACACACAAUGCCACAUGCCCCCAGGGCAGGGGGCUGGGUGAGAAAAGAGCCUUUGGAGUGGUUUGCCUCUGGCAGACUUUGAAGUCCUAUAUCUUAGGGUACUACCAACUUUAAAACAUUUUUCUUUUAAUAAAAAAAAACUGGAGCUCAUAGGCUUUCAGAGAGUGGUUCCUCCUUUUAAGAAGUUCCUAGAUUCAUUAUUGGAUAUGCGUCUUUUGUUGAGGAAACACUGAGAGACUCAGCACUUAUUUCCUACACAAGGGAUGUUGUGAAUAUGUUGGAACCAAAUGUUAUCUUUUUGAAAUUUUAAUGCUCAGAGUUAGCUCAGAGAAAACAAUGUCUUGCUGGAGGCAAACCCUUGGGAGGAGGGGUUCAUAGGGCCUCAACCUUACUUAGUAGCAGGGUCCAGCACUUCCACCUUCGUUUUGGGAUGCCCAGGAAAGCCCAGCCUCUGCCUUGAAACUUACUGUAUUUCGUGGCUAUCUCUAUACUCUUCCCAAAUGACCGUAGAGGCCCAGAGGACAGUAUGUGUGUUUCUUUGUGCAAGGAUUCUGGGAGUUUGCCCACUAGGACACAGGUAGGGAGUAGAGAUGGGCUAACUCUAAGAGGGGAGGUUCUGAAGAUUCAGUGAAGUCCUGCCAUUGCAAACCUCUCCAAAAAAGGGUUUGAACCCUGACCAGGGUUCCAACAUGGAGGACCGGAGACAUCUAGGGGCACAUCUAGGAGGAUCCUAGUUGUUACCCAACAUCUCCAGCUCUGGGACAACUGUCUUAUGGGCCAUGAGUUGGUAUUGUGAAAGAGACUUUGGAAUAAUAAAAUGAAUAUGAAAUUUAUUA